UAGAAUCCCGAGAAGGUCAGAAUAAUAGAACGGAAUCACCGAAUACUAAUUAUUCGGGUAUCAAUAUAGUGGAACGAUUAGUGGAACACUUACGCGGUAGUAAAAUAGAUCUUCCAAUAUCAAAAUUUUCUGAUAUUCAUGAAAAAAAUCCUCAGCAAUUUUUAAAAGAGCUUGAGCGGUAUUGUCAGGUCAAAGAUGUGACUUCUGAAAAUCAAUUCACUGUGAUAGAAAUGUGUUUAAAAGGAAGAGCUUUAAAUUGGUUUCUUAUAAAAAAGGAUGAAUUUAGGAAUUACCGGGAUUUUGAAAUAAAAUUUGAAGAAGAGUUUUAUUCCGUACCUGUUAGGAUUAGAUUGAAGAGUAGGUGGCAGGAAAGACGAUAUAAAUUAUCUGAUGGUAAUAUGCUAACAUAUUUUUAUGAACAAGUGAAAGCCGCACAAUAUUUGUCUCCACGGAUUGGUAAUUAUGAGAUUCAUUAUACUAUUAUUCAGCAAUUGCCCGUUCGUGUUCGCGAGAUUUUGGUCACCGUCGAUUACGCGGAUGCUACUAUUAUUGUGCAAGCUCUAGAACAACUUGCUAAAUCUCGGAAAUGGGAAGCGGAAAGAAAUAAGGCUGGUCCAAGUAAAAUCCAAAAUGAAGUACCUAACAAAAGAAAUAUUGGUCAAAUUAAUUUAAUUGAAGCUAGACAGAAUGUUGCACCUUAUAGUCGUCGUCGUAGGGGGAAUGCUAAUUGGAACAAUCAAAGUGAGAAUCGAGGUGGGCAAGGUUCGCAAUCGCAGGGGGCACAAAAUAGUAGCCUUCCUGACACACGAUUCCCCCCACCGCCGAUUACCAAUUUUGGAUCACAAAAUCAAAAUAAUAUACAAAAGAAUAAUUUAAACUAA